AUGAAUCACAGAAUAUUAUUUGAUUAUUAUGAGGAUGACGAGAUUGACGAAGCGGUUAUUGCAUUGCAACAACGCCCACGAAUUUUUUAUGAACGAGUAAACUACUUGGAAUUGUAUGACAACCAUGACUUUAUAAGCAGAUUUCGAACUUCUAAAGAAACGUUUCGCACACUAUUGAGAUUGAUAGAAGCAGAUAUAUCUCCACCUUCUCAAAGGAACAGAGCUAUAUUAGCACCAUGUAAAUUAUACAUGGUGCUGAGAUACCUUGCAACAGGAUCAUUUUUAUUAACUGUCGCAGACUUAACUGGUGCCAGCGAAUCCUCGGCUUGUCGAUACAUUCAUCAAGUUUGUAGAGCCAUAGCAAGGCAUAGAUCAAAAUACAUUUAUUUUCCAAAAAAUGCUGUUAACAUGAGAAAAGUUGUUAGUGGAUUUUACAACUGUAGUAGGUUCCCUAGAGUGGUAGGAGCUGUGGAUUGCACUCACAUCAAAAUUCAAUCACCAGGUGGAGAUAAUGCUGAAACAUUUCGAAACAGGAAAGGUUAUUUUUCUAUCAAUACACAAUGUAUUUGUAAUCCGUGGCUUAAAAUUAUGGACAUAGUGGCGCGAUGGCCAGGGUCUUGCCAUGAUCAGAUUAUUUUUGAUAACUCUUCAAUCAAAAGUAAAUUUGAAACUGGAAUUUUAAAAGGAUACCUAUUAGGAGACGGUGGUUACGAAGUUAAGCCUUACCUAAUGACUCCUCUGCUGAACCCUACCACACGGAGCCAGCAGUUGUACAAUGAAAGCCAAAUCAGGACAAGAAAUGUUAUUGAAAGGUGA